AUGAAGAGAAACGGGCUUCGCCCCCUGCCGCGGGGUGCUGCAAAGGGACGGGGGCCCCUCCUCGCCGGCGGUGGGGUCGCGAGAGACGCCGUGGGCGGCAAUACGGCCGCGAGUGCCGGCUGGAGGAAGCCGGCGCCAACGCGGCCGCAGCCCCCCGGCAGAAGUCGAGGGAAUCCCCGCGGGGGCGUGCCCCGGCGGCGCGGGCGUUGCCGUUGUCGCUUCCGGUGGGGGUCUUUUGCGCCCCCUGCAGGCUGCGGGCGGGAGGGGGCGGGUUUUCACGAAGGCCGCGUGCCCGGAGGCGGGCGGCGGCGCGCGGAGGGCCGGAGCGCCCUUGGCCGCUCAGGGCCCGCGCCCCCCGAGCGGGAAGGGAAGCCCGCUGCGGGCAAUCGAAUUGGCGGGAACCGCCGCGUGGCACGCAGGGGGCCUGGGCGGAGGCCUCCGUCGCACCCUUCGGCAUGCGGGGGGCCUCGCCAAAGUCUGCCCGGCCAGGCGGUGGGGGCGGCUUUCUCGCGGCGAAGAUGGCCGGGGCAAAGAUGGCCGCGCGACCCGCUGCGCCUUUGGGUGGCGGAAUGCCGGCGUUUUUCCCCUGGCGAUGCCGGCCACCUCGCCGUGGUGCCAGGGUCCGUACUCUCGGUUAUACCGAGGGGAAGCUAA